AUGACUCCGAUAGCUUGCAGCUCAAGCAUGAGAGAGAAGAAAGGAAGGAGAGGGCGUGACAAGGAGGAAGAUGAAGAAGGAGAGAGGCAUGCCGCUGCUCACUCAACCUCCGCCGUCGCGAGAGAGGAAAAAGGUAAAAGAAAAAGACACACCGGACGCCCCCUCAGUUCUCCUCGCCUCAUCACCUACCUUCCCUUAUCCUCUCCCCACUGCUCCCUAUUCCAUGGUGGCCACAAGCCCACAACUCUCUCUCUCUCUCCUCAAGCCGCCCCUCCUCUUCGUCCCCACCGCCGGCGCGAGGUCUCGCACUCUUCCCACUCUUCUCAGCCCCUCCUCGUCGAAUCGGUCGCCGAAGUGCCCGAGGAUCCGCUCAAGCUCGGUCUGGUUGCUGGGCGCCGGACGAAGGCUGACGCGGAGGCGCGGGAAUUGCCUCCACCAGAUCGGCGGCUGUGGCAAUCAUGUGUCGCAACCUCCGCGCCUGGUGCCUUCCUUUCCAUCUCGCUCGUCGGCGGCUCCCACCACCCUGUGCGUGCGACUGCGCUGCGCCCUGUAAUGCCCAUGUGCGGCAGCUGUGCCGCGGUGGAUGGUCCCUUGCAAGUGCAAGCCGAUGCCGGCAGGUGCGUUGCCUGAGGAGUUCGUCGGCGUCGAUGUCGGGGCCUGUGGCUGGGCGGCGAUGGCCAACAGUGGCUGGGCGGCGAGGGCACAACAGUGGCUUGGCGGCACCGACGUCUGACUGUAGUGUGCAUCUAAACGGCGACAUGAAAGAAGACAUCGAGAUUAACUGGGAUGGAACUGGCCACGUAUUGCGCACAAGAGGAUAGUCUGCACCUGCAUUGGCGAGAAGCGCGUCGUAGCGGGCGUCGUCCGCUACGCAUGGCGGCGAUGGCGCAGGGCUGGGCGGCUGCGACGUACGUCCGGGUGGGCUGAUUCCCGUAAGUUUAGAAAUUUGUUGUGAGGCAGACGUGUUAAUUCCCAUUAAUUGUGGCUAAUUUUCUGUAGUUGAUUGGACGCGAACGCAAAGGGUGGAACUGUUUUUUUUUUCGGGGGAGGUGCAACUGUUUGAUCGAUGGCAGAGUUUCGUCCGCUCAUGUAAAUCGCUAAACGUACACAGGGGAGGUCUGACUUUUAUGUGGACGGUUAGAUGCCUGAUCCUGGAGAUGGUAAUUUGUCU